CCUCUGGUCUUUUACUAGAAAAUAUCAAAAAUCUCUUAAUAAGUAAAAAAAAAAAUUGUUAAAUCAUUUUUCAAAGUGAUUUCAUACAUUAAUAAAGAGUGCAACGUUAAUCAAGUCUUUUACUAGAAAAUAUAAAAAAAAACUCUUAAUAAGAUAAUUAAGUUCUUAUAGAUUUGUAUAUAUAUGAUUAUACUAGUCUAUUUCUAGUCUACAAAAUUAAUUUUUAGGUUCACAUUUAUAAGAGAUAGAAGCUACUAGGACUGAUUCGUUUCUUCCACUGAAUCGCAGGUGCAGAGAAAUCACAUGGACUGAUGGUCCCAAUGGUUAAAAGUCGACAUCAACUUUAUAAUACAGAACUUAUAGCUUCAUGUAAGAAGAAAAAAACUCACAAGUUACAACUGUCAUCUUGAAUUAUAAGAUGGAUCAACUGUUGGUGUUUAAAACGAUCCCACAAACACAUAGUUAUAAGAUAGUCUUAUAUAUCCCUUAUACUUUUAAGUUUUGUAUAGAAACGUCUAAUAAAAGACAAGAUCGGUCAUUAGUAUAUACUUUUAACUUUUGGUUAGUUAAUUUUUUUCGGUUUUGUGUAAAAAAAUGUAGCACCUGUACAAGACCGGUUUGUCUUUUGAUCUGUAUGUAAUAGACAUGAUACAAACUUAUAUGUAUUAUUCGUUUCAGACAAGUAAAUUGUGGUUUGGCUUGCUUUUUAAGCCAUAUGAUAACAAAAUUGUAAAACAUUUCUCAUCACAAUAUUUAAUAAAUCAAAUAUCUUGCACACAUACACAUUCCACACGUACCUUAACAAUAAACUCAACGAUUUCGAAUGUUACGAACUGUCCCGCACCGCAGUUAACAGUAACAAAAAUCUCUACAUAUACCAUAUAUCUAUACGUUUUUAUAACUGUUAAAACUGCACCGCAGUUAAACCGCUUGUCCCGCACCGCUCAAACCGCAAUUACCAUUAAAGACUUAAAAUUUCCUGAAGGUGAGUAUACAUAUAUAUCUUAGCACAAACUAAAAAUAAAAUAUAUUUUAAACACUGUAGUAAAACUUUUUGAACUUAAUUUAACACUGUAGUAAAACUUUAUAUUCUUGUUUAUGAACCUUCCAAGCAUCUAGAGUACAGUACCAUGUAUUUACAUUUAAAAAAUCAUUUAUCAUGUAUAGAUAGUAAUUAAUUAUGAAAAUAACAGCCGUCUAUAUAUAGAUCGAUAUCAAGGUCUCAUUUGCCGAAAAAACACUAACAAUAUUUCUCUCUUUCUUCUUCCCGUUUUAGAUUCUCAUGUUAUAGGGUUUUAGAAAGACCGAUUGAAGAUGAGGAAAGGUAAGGUAGUAUAAAGAAGCUAGAGGAUAAGGUAAAAAGACAAGUGACCUUCGCGAAGAGAAAGAAGUUAAGUCUGAUGAAGAAGGCACGUGAACUCUUUGUUCUCUGUGAUGUUCCUAUUGGUCUCAUCAUCUUUUCCCAAUCAGACAAGCUCUACUCUUUCUCCUCCCAGUCCACCAGCAUGGAGAAGCUCAUCAUGAGAUAUCAAAUGGCAAAAGAAGGUCAUGCCACUUCAGUCGACAGUUUCCACCCUGACCACGGAUCAUAUUGUGAGGAGACGAAGGAAUCAAUGAUGAGAGAGAUAGAGAAUCUUAAAAUGAAUCUUCAAUUCUACGGAGGAGGACAUAACUUGAACCUCUUAACCUACGACGAUCUCCUUCGUUUUCAGCUCCAACUCGAAUGUUCUCUCCAAAAUGCUCGAGCUCGUAAGUUUGAGCUCAUGCAUCAGCUGCACCAAACACUACAAGAAAACAGGUGAAUUCAAACGGCUAUAUUCGUUGGUAUUUCGUCGGUAUUGCCCAAAUUCGACGAAAUUCCGACGAAAAAGGUCGUCGGUAUGCUUUCGUCGGAAAAAAAGUUCGUCGGAAAUUCGUGACAAGUUCCGACGAAAAUCCGAGAGAAACCGACGGCUACAUUUCCAAUGGACAACUGACAAUACCUUUCGUCGUGAUAUACUUCAUCGGAAAUUUGUCACACAUUUCCGAUCGGAGUGAUCAUCGGAAAAACAAUUCCGACGAAAUAUAUCUGUCGGACAUUUCUGACGAAACACGUUUGUCGCGAACCACAAUUUGGUCGGAAUUGUAUGACAAAUUUUCGACAAAAUAUGUGGUCGAAUUAUUCUGACGCACAUGUUUCCGUCGGUUCUUUUUAUUUAUUAUUAUUUUUUUAUAAAUUGUAUUUUAUAAAAUAUUUAUUUUUUAAAAUAAAAAUCUAAAGAACUGAAUUUAUAAUAAAUAUUAUAGAAAAAAAGUUUUAAAUAAUUAAAUGCAUUUACAAGUUUUGAAUAUAAAAAAAAUAAAAUUCACUAGGAAACAAACGUUUCAUAUUUUCCAUUAUCUCCUCGUUUGUCAUUUUUUUUAUCCGCCAGUUCAGCAAGAACUGUGGCGUUCUGCAUCUCCAGCACCACAAUCCGAUCAUCCAUGUUCUGCAGCUGCUCUAUAAUCAUAGGAUCAUAAGGAGAAAACAGAGCUUGUGAAGAGGAAAGACAAGAAGAGUCACACCAAGCCAAACCAAUCAAACGACCUUUCUUCUAUGGAACUGCCUAUAAAAAAAAUAAAUAAAAUAUUAAUAAUAAAGUUAAUAUAGUAAUGCAAUGGUAAAAAAAAAUUACAUGUUCCACCAUUUGGUUUAUUCAAACUCGGGAUAUGUUGGUGGAUGCUGCAGAGGAAUUGUCAUCUGAGAUAGGCUGAGAAGCAAGAAAUGUUUUUUUUUUUGGGUUUGCACCAAGUCUACGACAUCUCUGAUGAAGAGAUUCUCAAUUUUCCCUGUCUUCUUGUUAGUGUACGCCUCCUUCAUGACAUCGAGAUGAUCAACGGGAUUAUCUGCAUUUGCUUCAACCUAAAUACAAUAUUAAUCAAUACAUAUAUAAAAAAAAAUUAAAAAAAUAUAUAUAGAACUUACAAAUUGAUCUUCUUUAGAAGACAUACUGCAAGCACCGAGGUUGUCGACAUAAACACCUUUCCCGCCACGAUCGCUCUUGCGGUUGGCUGAGUUUUUGAUUGAUUUGUCUAAAGUCGCCUGGUCUGCCCAAUGCACCUGCAACUCUUGCCAAACCGUUCUGUUGAUGUAUCUUGGUGUCUUCCUCCUGAGCCCAUAGCUGCUUCCGCUCAUAUAUCUUCUUCAUAUAAGAGUGUCGUCUUUUCGUGGAAGGUUUGACGGACAGUUUCCGUGAGGCCCUGACUCCCAACUGAAUUGUUGCUGCCAAAAAAAGAAGUAAGAUAAUAUAUAGUAAAAAUUAAAACCAAAAAAAUUAAAAUUUAGAAAUUACUGCAAAGUUACGGAACCACAACUCGCGCUCA